CAUGGCAAUCACGUCGCUUGUCACGGAUUAGAAUCGCACUAUUAUAAGUUGUUAUAAUAGUGCGAUCUUAUACCACGGUAUUGAAACAGUCAUCUCUGAAGUUAAAAUGAGACUGAAGUGAGAAAAGGUAGCCGGUUUGUUUUUAUGCGUCUAUACUGAAGAUAAGGCAGAGUCUACAUCAGGUCUUUCCCAGGCGAAAUUACAGGCCCAACAACGUCAUCAAAUAGAUAUUAGAUCAUCGCCGGUAGAUUUCCCUCCGCUAUACUCGCGUGUGAGUGAAUAGCCCGAAAACUGGUUAGCCAGCGGUGAGUGACUAUACUCAAACGACUCUUUUUGUCUGCCCCGCAUCUUCACAGACUGUGCGUCAGCCUUAACCUUCACCUUCAGAGAUCGUAUAACUUCUGAUGUCGAUAAACGGGAUUCGUUCCUUUUUUUUAAUCGAUACGAUUUACGCUCGAACCUGUGACUUUUUGGUGUUUUUAUGCACCUCCGGUUGUUUGUGUUUUGGAUAAAUGGUCAUACGUAAACAUAGAUGAUUCACUCGACUCAAGAUUGAAUAAAACGUAAAUGUGAGAUUAAAAUCUUUGCGUAAAAAAUGUUUCCAUCGUCAUAGUCAAAUGCGUAUUUUAAAAACCUAAGCGAUCGAACGGUUACAUCUUGCUUGUUUUUUAUAAUUGAGCCAGUAAAUAGUUUAUGUCGUGUCCUGGUCUGCGGGUUUUUUCCUUUUUUCCUGGACGAACAUGUUCGACUGUGAUUUAAAUAAUACAUCCGAUCGAUUAUUGCCGUUGAGCUCGACAUUUACGUUUUUAAACCAGAGCAUAUUAUUAUUAACUUUUGUACUUUCAAAGAAUAUCCACGUUAUUAGUUGAAAUUUUAUUCAGUCACCAUGAAUAUCAGCUCAUUUGUGAUUCUUUUGUUUCUUAUUUUUAAAUCGAGCGCUGCUGCUGCUCGGAGCGAUUUAAAUUGGUUGAGACAUUUAAAAGAGCGUGUAUUCAACUGCUGCAGCUUUAAGCUAGUAGUUAUGAAUGUCCGCAAGUCGCCCAAAUAUACUGGCUAUCUUAAUCAACUAAUUCUAAAAUCCUUGCUGUAUCACCAGCAAAAACAUAUCCAAGCCUCGACGUUGUAUAUUCCACGGAUUUAUCUGUUUUAACCAUUGCUUUUAUCGAAUUGAAAAGUAACACGAAUUCAAAACGCUUACAAAUAAGCAUUUUCAAGACAAUCAGAGCUAUAGGCCUCGAGAAAAAAUAUUUGAUUUUUAUACAUCAUUCAUCCGACAUAAGUAGUGCUAAAAUAGAAAUCGAUCUGCUAAAUUUGUACUUCCAAAAAUUCACGAUUCUGAAAGACCUCGAUUUAAAAGUUUUGGAAAUAGUCGAGUAUCCGAGAAAAUCCAGUAGUGUAUUUUAUGAAGAGCAGAAACCGUCAGGUAUUUUUGUACACAGCUAUAACUUCUUCACCAAGUCAUACAGUCGAAAAACUUAGCUUUUGCAAAUUUAAAUGGAAGAGUGUUGACGAUGACUUUACACCCGAAUCCACCAAGUGUGGAUGCUGAUUUUGAAGUAAGCGGUUGCUACGAUCCCAAAACGCUAAUUGGUCCUCAAGGUCUUAUUCUCAGAGCCAUCGCCAAGUCAUACAAGUUUACAUGGCGGAUACUGGCAUCUGAAUACGUUUCUGUGAAUCCGUCUGAUAAUCUCGCUCGCGCCUUGGUAGUCAAUAGAAACUGCAAAGUGUUCAGUAACUUUAUGACGCUUAAAUUAGCCAUAGCAGAUAUCAUCGGUAAUUUUGGUCACAUGCCCUAUUUGAGCGGCGGAGCUCAAGAUUCUAUUCUAAAAUUAUUAAAAGUUGCUCAUACACGUCUUAUUGAUCCACUUGUCGUUGUGGUACCAAUUAUUCCCGGGAAUCCGAUGAAUAUAUCAGAGGAUUUUCUGGUACUCCUGGGCUUUGCCAUCGUUAUCAUCGUUAUUUUAAGGAUUACGGUAAGAGUCAUAAAAUUAAAUAAUAAAUUCUGGACUACAGAGAACAUUUUCCGUGCAAUUUUUGGCAUAGAUGUGACGGAUAAUACAAUUAAAAUUUCCGAACGUAUUUUGCUCGGUUGUCUAUUCAUAAUUUCGUUUUUUUAUUCGGCUGAUAUAAUUGAUGCAAUCUUUGAUGCGAUAGAAAUCAAUUCUAAUCGUAAAAGCGUAAACAAUUUGGAGCAGCUUGACGAAGCUGGUAUUACUCUUAUGAUAAACAAACACUAUGCACAACUUUUGAGAUUAUCGGAGGAUCCAUUGGUAAAGAGAUUAGCUGAAAAUGCGAAAUCUUCGUCCUUUACGAAGAACUACGAAUGCGUUAAUGAGCUUGUGCUAAAACAUCGAAAAAAUGUAAGCUGUAUUAUGUCGUUGUCGACUGCAAAAAAUGGAGUUCGGUUUUCCACGCGUAUACACGGGGAGCCAAAUAUUUUCAUUUUGAAAGAUUAUGUACUAAUGCAAUGGUUGAUGAUUUAUAUGAGUCCACUAGCAGUGUAUGAUAAGGCAUUUCAAAAGAUGGUGCAGAAUUUAGAUGAAGGUGGAUUGAUUGAACAGUGGUAUAGAACAGAAUUGAUGAAAACAUCAGAUGAAUCCAUGACAAAAUCCUUAUCUAGCAUGGGAAGAAAUCGACACGACGAGACUAUAUUAUCAAUAUUAAUCAAACUUGGAAUUGGAUACAUUUUGUCAAUAUUUCUUCUGCUAGGAGAAAUUAUAGUACACCGUUAUGCUCACGUAUUUCGAGGAUAGAACAUUCUUUACAACUGCAACUUAUAAUCAAGAUGUUAUUCAAAGAUCAAAAUACGACGAUUCUAAAGUAACAAAAGUAAAACACCUUUAUUGCACACGUUCUAUUACUAAAAAGGUUUACCCAUGAGGAAGUAGAACUUGUAUGCAAAUACGUAUGGUAAUAUUUGACAUUAGAAAUGCAAAAAAAUCAUAAUUGUUAAAUCAAUGUUUGUGCGUGCGUGGCGAGUGCGUGUAAAGAUUCAAAUUAAAACAAGUUUUUCAACAAUCGCUUGAUGAUGAUCUUAGUGUCUAUCCGUAGAAUAUAAUAAACAACAUGCACAUGUUUGUGCAAGGUGUUUACUCAGCGAUUUGAGUGUUAUUUAAAUUUUUUAUGUUUAUAGUGACUAGUGAGAAAUCGUUAUCAAAGCUGGACUCUAUAAUGGAAUGCCAAUUGCUACAUUAAUUAACAAAGUUGCGAUAACGAUAGAGUGCACAGACCGUCUACUAAAAUUAUAAACAGCGAAUAUAAUGAGCAGAAAUUUUUAAAUUUAGUUAUCGUCAGCAGAAUAUUAUGUGAAACUUACGAAACUUUGUUAUUAGUGUUUCAAUAAGCGUUGGUUUGUAAAUCAGUUUGUAUGGGAUUGUAGUUGAAUAAAAGUUUAAUUCUCUUGAACUUUAAUUUAUUUACUAACUGUAAUUUUCUAAUAACUGGAUUUCGAAUAAUUAAUUUUUAUUAAUAUAUUCUCAUCGCAAUAGUAAGUAUGCUACUAUACGUUUUUCGAAGAAUGCAUGCAACAUCCUCUACUGUAAUUGCGCGGAAAAAAAAUAUUGCAUACUUUCUAUUUCCAUCUAUACCUACACAAAAAAAGUGACAAAACCAAUCGCCUGUAACAACGUCAACAGAGCAUUGUUACAGACAAUGUCACUGUACCGCCAGUCGCUCAUGAAACGCCUGCCCCCUCUCUUUCCCUCCUUCUAUCUCGGCUAACUCGCAGUCCUCGGAUCUAAUUAUAAAAUGGAAAUGAAACGCGGGCCGCUCUCGGAAAAAGCUCUUAAACGCGCGAGUGCCGCGAGUAUAACCUGUACACACAUACACCUCGUUUAUACGCAUAACUAAACUACGUACGUACGCAAAACGCCGCAGCGACGAGAGCGACGCGGUUUGAUUUGCAGGGCCGUUAGCGCGAGAAAACGAAGUUUUAAUCAAGUUCGCCGAUCACCUAUGACCGGUACAGUGAGAAAGACCGAGAGAGCACUUUGCGCGCGGCAAAAGCUUUGUUCGUCGCGUUCCAUUAGCUCGCUGCUGUGCGCUUGCGUCAAGGCCACCGCCACAUACACGCACACGUAUACAGGUGAAUAUAGGUAUACGAAAUCGCGUCGCGCUGUGCUUUGUUUCGAUUUUCCUACGUCGUGUAGGAGAGGAAAAUGGCUUUUCAGCACUCACUUGCUGCUGCGGCAUAAUACGAGACUCGGCGCCAGUGCGACGUCGAUCCGCCUUGGCUCGUCUGGCGUCGCUCAUUUGCCGGUGCAGAGGGGACGAGAGCUUGCACUACUCGGCGACGAGGCACAGCUUGUGGAGGUAUGAGUCGUCGCACUGACUGCAGCGCUUGGAACUUAAAACUCGCACAGCCAAUGCGGCUCUGGCGAGCAAUUUAGGCGAUAUAAGUGAUCGGGUUUCGAUUAAAAAAUUAAGGAUGGUUCGGUACUUGCGAUGAUGAUCGCAAUUUGAAAUUUUUGUAUCAAUAUUUUAUAAUUUUCAGCUUCAACCCGGCAAAUAAUAAAUUCUUGACGAAGUAA